GCUGCUAUACCAACAGUUCCUCACAAACGAAGGACCGGUCUGCGCAUCCUAGUGAGGAACAAGCACGGUAUGUGGUAGGAGGAGGCGGUGGCAUCGGCCAUGAAACAGAGGGCAAGUUGGAUCACCGGUCUCUGUUGUGUCGCACGUCCAGCGCAUUGGUGUCGUGCAGUAUCAAUUGCACCACCUGCAGGCUUCAUAUCGAACCUUUUGUGGUUUCCGCUCCAGGAGGAGCGAGCAAAACAAACCACUUUACCACACAGGUAUACACAUAGAAACACACACACACAGUCUCUCUCUCUCUCUCUUCUAACUCACUAGUCGUGGGUGACUUAGUAGAGCUAAAACGGGCCGAAACGUUCGCAGCGCGGAAAGCUAAGAAAAUCAACAUAUGACUCC